AUGUCCAGGAUAGACUACAGCGUGUGGGACCACAUUGAGGUGUCAGACGAUGAAGAUGACACCCACCCAAACAUCGACACACCCAGCCUCUUCAGAUGGAGACACCAGGCACGUGUGGAGCGAAUGGAAGACUUCAAGCAAAGAGGUGAAGACAUGAACAAAACGCUGCGUGACUGCCGGCGUAAAGUGGCCGAGGCGCAGAAGAAAGUCCAAGAGCUGAGCAUCUCUAAAACAGACGAUGCGAAAGCAGAGCUGAGCAAAGCCCAGGCCGAGGAGAAGAAACUGAAAAAAGAGGAGCGGGAGUGGGAGAAGAAGGUGGAAGACCACAACCGGGAAGAGAAGAAGAUGCCUUGGAACGUCGACACGCUCAGCAAGGAUGGUUUCAGCAAGAGCAUUGUUAAUGUCACCACUGACACUGCUGAGGAAACUGAAGAAGAGAAGGAGAAAAAGCAUAAAACCUUUGUGGAGAAAAAUGAGAAGCAGAUCAAACAUUUCGGCAUGUUGCGACGUUGGGAUGACAGCCAAAAGUACCUCUCUGACAACCCUCAUCUAGUAUGUGAAGAGACUGCCAACUACCUGGUCAUCAUGUGCAUUGACCUUGAGGUCGAGGAGAAACACGCAUUGAUGGAGCAAGUGGCUCAUCAGACCAUCGUCAUGCAGUUCAUUCUAGAGUUGGCGAAAAGCCUCAAGGUGGACCCCCGCGGUUGCUUUCGGCAAUUCUUUGCCAAGAUUAAGACAGCAGAUCAGCAGUACCAGGACGCUUUCAAUGAUGAGCUGGAGUCGUUUAAGGAGCGGGUUCGGGGCAGGGCGAAGAUCCGCAUAGAAAAGGCGAUGAAGGAAUAUGAGGAAGAGGAGCGACAAAAGCGCUUGGGACCUGGGGGUCUAGAUCCCGUUGAAGUGUAUGAGACCCUGCCAGCCGAGAUGCAGAAAUGCUUUGAUGAGAAGGACAUCCAAAUGCUGCAAGAGGUUAUUAGCAAAAUGGACCCAACGGAGGCAAAGGCUCACAUGAAGAAGUGCAUAGACUCAGGGCUCUGGGUCCCCAACUCCAAGACAGACGAUGGUGAUGAAAAAGAGGAAGAUGCUACCUAUGAGGAGGUGAAACAGGAGCAGCAAGAACCUAAGAAGGAAUGACCAACAUUGAUCCUGUGAUUUGUUGUUUCUGCAAAUGUAUUUACCCACUGCAUUGCAACUCCACUAUGUGUAUGACUAGAUUGCCAAUCAAGGAACAAUGAAAAUACUUCUCUAAAAUAUUUAGCUGACUAAAGGGAUUUGCUUACACCUAUCUGCACAAGUAUGUUGCAUCAGUAACUUCUGCUUGGAAAACAAACUCUCGCUUGUCCUUAGGUCUUUUAUUUGUUUGGACAUCACUAAAGUCGUAUUCGUACAUUUAUUUGUAUGUAUGUCAGUUUGUGUAUGCUUAAUUUGUGCUGAUGUAUAAUUGAAAACAUUCUAUACAUUUUCAGGUUGUGCAUAUAAUUGAUUUUUCUUUCCUUUUUUUUUUUGUCUUUUCCAAAUUUAAGAUUUUUGUUUGACUUUUUAGGGCCUGAGCAGCAAAUGAAUUAAGAUGGAUAUUUCCCCCCAAAAGUGACAUUUUCUACAAACUUGCUUAACUAAAGUUCGAAUUGUAUCCAACUA